AUGAAGAAAAGGCACAUGGACGCCAUGGCAUUGGUGACGACGUACGGCAAGCCUGACGUCUUCCUAACGAUGACCUGCAAUCCUAACUGGCCAGAGAUACAGGAUGAGUUGUUUCCUGGCCAAACCGCGCAGGUCCGACCUGAUCUUGUGGCCCGAGUGUUCAGGGCCAAGCUAGAGACCAUGAAAGAUAUGCUGACUAAGGAGCAUAUCAUAGGCGUUGUGAAGGCGUACGUCUACGUGAACAGUAUGAUCGUGUCAUAUCCGCCGAGCUUCCUGACAAGCAUAAGUACCCUAGAACUUUACGCCAUGGUCGUGAAGCAUAUGAUGCAUGGCCCAUGCGGUGUGCUGAAGCCCAAGAACGUGUGCAUACAAGAAGGGAAGUGCAAGUGCAGGUACCCUCGGGAGUUCAACAAGACCACCGUACAGGGAAAGGACUCCUACCCUCUGUACAAGAGACGAAAAGAUGGAAGUUCAGCGAAGGUCCGCGGUCAGAUGCUAGACAACAGAUGGGUAGUGCCCUACAACCCUUACCUGCUGCGCAUGUUCAACUGCCACAUCAACGUGGAGGUGUGCUCUAGCAUAAAGGCUGUCAAGUACCUGUACAAAUACAUAUACAAGGGCCACGAUCAUACUUCGUUUAACAUUGACAUACCUGACGCUCAAGGUAACAUUGACGAUAUCAAGAGAUUCAUUGACGCGAGGUGGGUUACUCCUCCGGAAGUAAUGUGGAGGAUAUUCGGGUUCAUUCUCUGCGAGAACUACCCGUCGGUCCUACAGCUACCGCUACAUCUGGAGGGCAUGCACAGAGUCACAUUCAAAGAAGGAGAUGACCUGAAGAAUGUUCUUGCCAGUGAUGGCGCGGACAAGUCUAUGCUGACGGAGUAUUUCAAGACUAACCGGGACCGCGACGAUGCAAGACAUAUUCUGUACAAUGACUUUCCAGGAACGUUCAGAUGGCUAUCAACAAAGGUAUGGCAGAAGAGGAAAAACCGGGUUUUCCAAGUAGGACGAAUCGUGUCAGCCAAUCCUGCCGAGGGGGAUCGGUACUUUCUAAGGGUGCUUCUAAACCACGUAACAGGCUCCCAGUCCUUCCAAGACCUGAAAACAGUUGACGGUGUGCUAUGUGAUAACUUCCGGCAGGCCGCCGAGAGGAGGGGUCUCAUCGAGGCCGACAACACCCUCGACCAGUGUCUUACUGAGUCAGCCCAAUGGGCCAUGCCAGUCUCGCUCAGGAGGCUAUUCGCGACAAUCUUGGUAUUCUGUGAGGCCAGCGACAUACGCGGUCUAUGGGAUAGGCACCUUAAGGAUAUGUCUGAUGACUUCAGGCGACGUCACACGUGCCCUACCGCGGUGGAGCAGGAGGUGUUGCUUGACAUCAGGGGCAUGCUGCAGUCCAUGGGCAAAGACAUAAAGUCGUUCCCUCUUCCGGACAUUGAUGAUAAUUAUGACAACACGGAAGGGGAGGCGAGGGAGGUCAUUGAGGAAAUGGCUAUCGUCGUUGAUGAACACGACAAAUCUCUUGCGUCCUCACUGAACACCGAGCAGCUGAGGGCAUAUGACGAAAUAUUGGCCGCAGUCGACCGACACCAAGGGGGUGUAUUCUUUGUCAAUGGUCCUGGAGGCACUGGGAAGACCUUCCUGUACAGGGCAUUGCUUGCUAAAGUUCGAGGUGAGAAAAAUAUCGCAGUAGCCACAGCGACGUCAGGUGUUGCUGCUUCCAUCAUGCCUGGAGGUAGGACCGCCCACUCGAGAUUCAAGAUCCCACUCAACAUUGAUGCAGAAGGGUCAUCGUGCAACUUCACCAAACAAUGUGGGGCAGCCAAGCUCCUAAGGAUGGCUUCGCUCAUCCUAUGGGAUGAGGCCACAAUGACAAAGCGGCAAGCGGUUGAGGCGCUGGACAAGUGCAUGCGCGACAUCAUGGGCCGACGGAACCGGCCUUUCGGGGGCAAGACCGUCGUGUUUGGUGGAGAUUUCAGGCAGGUGCUUCCUGUUGUCAGGAAAGGGAGCCGAGGUCAGAUAGUCGAGGUUACCCUACGGAGUUCGUACCUCUGGAAGGAUAUGCGCCCGCUAAGGCUUGUCACCAACAUGAGGGCGCAUAACGACCAGUGGUUUGCAGAUUACCUAUUGAGGGUAGGAAAUGGCACCGAGGAGACAGACGAGGAAGGCAACAUCCGACUCGCAGAAGAUAUAUGUGUGCCUUCGACAGACAACGAGGUCGACGACUUAGAGAAGCCAAUCAACCAUGUGUUUCCUGCCCUGAACCACAACAUGACGGAUCCUGGUUACAUGACAUCUCGAGCAAUCCUCUCCACCAAAAACGAUAACGUGGAUAUAAUAAACCGACGUAUGAUAGAUCGUUUCCAGGGAGAGGAGAAGAUCUACCAUAGCUUUGAUAGUGCAGAAGACGAUCCGCAUGGAUACUACUCUCAAGAGUUCUUGAACGACCUGACUCCUAAUGGUCUUCCUCCUCACACACUUAAGCUGAAGAUAAAAUGCCCUAUUAUACUGCUAAGGAACAUUGACCCAGCUAGCGGGUCGUGCAACGACACAAGGCUCGUGGUCCGUGGGUUCCAACGGAGCGCCAUCGACGCAGAGAUCAUGGUGGGACAACACGCCGGGGAGAGGGUGUUUCUUCCUCGGAUACCUCUGUGCCCCUCCGACGACGACAUUUUCCCGUUCAAAUUUAAGAGGAAGCAGUUCCCGGUAAGGCUCAGCUUUGCCAUGAUGAUUAACAAGGCGCAAGGGCAGACCAUCCCGAUUGUCGGCGUCUACCUACCGGAGCCAGUAUUCUCUCAUGGUCAGCUGUACGUGGCGUUGUCCAGAGCCACCGCAAAAAACAACAUUAAGAUCCUCGCCAUCAAGGACAAUGGAAAGGACAAGAACGAGAAAUCAAAAAAGCGAAAAAGAUCCGAGUCCUUAGUAACAACCACAAUGAAUAUAGUUUACAAAGAAGUCCUAAGCGGUUGA